GAUGUCCCGCCCCCCGCUGCCAUGUGGUGAGUGAGCGGGCGGCCGCGGACAACAUGAAGUCCCCAAAGGUGAAGAAGGAGAAGCUGGACGGCGUGAUGGAGCCAGAACCCGAGCCUGAGAAAACAUAUGAGGACUUGGUGGCGAAUGUCAAUGCGAUUGCGCAGCCGCUGGCAUCGAGGAAACUGAGCAAGAAGCUGUACAAAUGCGUGAAGAAAGCUGCAAAAGUGAAGCAAAUACGCCGAGGAGUGAAGGAAGUCCAGAAAUUCAUCAACAAGGGUGAAAAAGGGAUAGUUGUAUUAGCUGGUGAUACAAUGCCAAUUGAUGUUUAUAGCCACCUUCCAGUUUUGUGUGAAGAUAACAGCCUUCCGUAUGCUUACAUCCCUUCCAAAAUGGAUUUGGGAGCUGCUGCAGGAACCAAACGACCAACGUGUGCAAUAUUGAUCAAACCUCAUGACGAGUAUAAGGAAUCAUACGCUGAAUGCUUAGAUGAAGUGCAAUCACUGCCCCAACCUGUAUGAAGAAAUGUUUCAGCAAUAUUACAGUCUUUACUACUUACAUUGACAUUGAAUGCAUUCUUAGUAGUGCACAGGAAGAAUUUGUAAUAUGACAUUUUUUUUCUGUCAGUGCCAGCUGCAGAAUUAUUUUCAAUGUUAAUUUUAUAUAUUUGAAAAAUGUACAGAUGUUAUUUGGUUUGUCUUUUUUGGAAAUCUAAUUGCCUAGCAAAUUAAUUUUCUUUCUAGCAUAUUGAUUUUCUACUUUUGUUUAAUUUGAGAUAAUAUCCCGGGGUCAUUAUCCCAGGGACAAUUUGAGACAAUAUCCCGGGGUCAUUUUUGGAUUUGGUUGAUGAGAUUGUGUUUAUCCCCUAAUCACAUCAGCAAUUAGAAUCAAUCUUAAUGAUAAGAUCUUAACAGAAAUUUAGGCGAGCUAACAGUGCUUGACAAGGCGGAUUCAUGUCCAUGGCAAGCUUGUUCCUCUUAAAAACUGUGACAUUGUUUU